AUGGUAGCUGACUCACCAUUUGGCUGCCUCUCUCGGCGGAGGGUCCAGCUCAUCCUCUCCAUCUCCGUCUUUCUUUUGCUCCUCUCCUAUCCCUUCCGUUCAUCUAUCGUACCCUCGGUGGUGCCAGCUAACUCGCCCCCAAUCGCCCGUGAACUGCCUGCUCGCACUCUAUUAUCGCGUCCACUAUCCCACGAUGGAACCACGAUUCCUAAGAUCAUCCAUCAGACAUGGUUUCCCGCGGGCAGCAACAUGAGCGAGCGUGCUCAAGAAUGGGUACAUGGCAUGCGUACGCAGAACUCGGACUGGGAAUAUGUGCUUUGGGAUGACGAAACCAAUCGAAUGCUGGUUGAGCAGUAUUUCCCUUGGUUCUUGCAGACUUACGACAGUCUUCCGAAAGAAAUCCUCCGGGCGGACAUUGUUCGUAAUUUUUAUAUGUAUUUGUUUGGCGGGAUGUACGCCGACGUGGAUACCGAAGCCUUGCGCCCUGUCGCGCCGCUGUUUGCCGGGCAUGAAACCGCUCUUGCCGCACACCAAGACCUCCUCUCGUCUGCCCCGACAUUUCAAAAAGCCACCGUGCAGCGCGCAUUCCUAGGUCGCAUGGCUCGCACUGUAGAUAUUCUGAGUUCCGCUGCGGUGCCCAACGGCUGGAUGGCAUCGCCGCCGGGUCACCCGUUUUGGCUUCUUCCGGUUCUCAACGUGAUCGAACACCCGGAGGGAACCGGGGAUGGAUCUGUCGAGGGUGAAAUGACAUAUCACGAACUUAAUGGCGGCAAAAAGCCGACAUGGAAUAUCACCUUAGAUAUUCUAUCCUGGGUCUUCUGGUCAAACCUCACGGUGUUGUUCAAUAAAUGGAUCUUGGACUCGACGGAAUUCACCAUCCUUCUCACGACAUGGCAUCUGGUAUUCGCUACGGUGGUCACUCAGGUCCUGGCACGGACUACGACCUUACUCGAUAGCCGUAAGAAUAUCGAGAUGAAUAGCCGAAUGUAUGCACGCACGAUGCUUCCCAUUGGCCUGCUAUACAGCGGCAGCCUCGUCUUCGGAAAUAUAGUCUACCUCUACCUCAACAUUUCAUUUAUUCAAAUGCUGAAGGCCGCCGGACCAGUCGUCACCCUCCUGGUCAGCUGGUCAUGGGGAGUAGCGACACCUUCAGUGGAGGUACUGAUAAACGUCCUAGUCAUCACAUGCAGUGUGGGCCUGGCCGUGUCAGGUGAAAUCCAAUUUUCACUACUCGGCAUCUUCUACCAGAUGGCCAGUCUCUUCUGCGACGCGAACCGGCUCGUGAUGAUGCAAAUCCUGCUCUCUGAUGACGGCCAGAAAAUGGACCCGCUCGUCAGCCUCUACUAUGCCGCGCCGGUCUGCGCUGUCAUGAACUCCAUAAUUGCCUGGAAUACAGAGCUCAGAGAUUUCCACUGGAGUGUUGUCCCCAACACUGGCUAUUUGACGCUGUUGUCAAAUGCUGUGGUGGGAUUCAUGCUGAACGUGUCGAUCUUUGUCCUUAUCGGAAAGACGUCGGGACUGACGACGACGCUUGUCAGUAUUCCGAAGAACAUUCUGCUGAUUGUUGCCUCGGUCGUGCUCUGGCACACGCAGGUGAGCACGAUUCAGAUCGUGGGUUAUUCGAUGGCUUUGCUUGGGUUGGUGUACUAUUCUCUGGGAUGGAGGACGAUCAAGAGCGGGAUAGAGAAUAUUAGGGCUUGGAGGAAGGACCCUGCUGGGAGUAUAUAUUCGGAUAGAGUCUAA